UCAAAUUAAAGGACAAUUUAAUCACUUGCCUAGGUGUAGUGAUGUGCAGUUCAUAGGGGUGCUGUUAAAAUUCUCUUCCCCUUACACACGAAAACUCAAAAAUUAGAACAUACCAACGGCGAUUCCUCCACCUUCUAUCUCCGGCAACGGCGCGGCCACGUUUCCGGCAACACAUCUCUCUAUUUGUAGUUGCUGCUUCAACUCUCUACAGUGUUACUCAUCGAGAAUCAAGCACUAGUAAGCACCAUUGUUGAACGGCAAUGAACAUAGACCAAAACGUCGCUUCUUCAACCCCAAAUUUCCCCGUAUCCCAACUCAAUUUCUCUCUUGAAAUCAAGGGAAACAAAACUGAAAUCAUCAUUUCCAGUUAUGAAGAUCAUGUUAUGGUUAUUGCUACUCAAAUAGGAGCUAUGGGGACGAUACUGCAUGCCAGGAAGGAUUGCUCACACAGUCGCACAUGUCUUAUCUAUGCCAGGAAGGAAGAAGGGAUGUCAAUUAACCCAACAUUCAACGUUUCUGUUUUAUUUGGCAAACGAGACGAGCCAAUGUUAGUAGCUUGUGCACGCCAGCUGAUUGAGCAUAUGACUUUGUCUGGCGUUUCUAAGCCAUUGGUGCUCUCACUUGGCCUUAAAGACCAUUCUGCGGGGACAUUGAAAGGAAUUGUUUCUGCUGUGAUUGACAAGAGGCUGUGGUAACAAUGUAUGCCAAAAUGCGCAUAGCUCAACCUGAUGGAGUAAGCCGUAAUAGUUGAUUAAAGAUUAUUUUUAUACAUAACAUUUUCGUGUGACAAUGUAUCAUUGUAUUGGUCUCUGGCACUUUCAGAUUUUAGUAUUAGUGACCAAUUUACAUUUAUUAUUAUUCUCGCAAGUUAAUCUCAUUUUCUACUUUAGUUGGGACA